CAUACAAAUAAUAAACGAAUAGAUCGAAACCCGUGAAAUUUUCUGGGCCACCGUAAUUGAACUGUCAAUGAUACCGCGUGGUAGCUUCCAGUCAGUCGAUUCAGCCGCGUUCCCGGAUCGAUGAUCGGGCCAGUUCUAAGAGGGUGGACCGUGGUGAAUGAACGACAAGCGCGUAUCCUUCUCGCGGAGAAGACACGGGAGAAACGAAAAAAAACGCGGAAGUGUCGUGGAUCGUCGGCGAAGCGAGGGCAAAACGGAAAGAGGGAGAAACGCGCGUUCGCGGGAGGACAAAGGGCAAGGAAACCAACGGGAGGUCGGGUAAACUACGAGGAAAGCGGGCGACGGGAUGAACCGAGGCCUACAACAGGGGACGCCCUGGACGGUGGUGUCGACGAUGUCGGCGUGAGCGUCGUUGGCGGCGGUCGAUGCCACCAGAUGCCACUGUGGCGCUGCCGUCGCUCGAAAAUAAGCUCGCCCAAAAGCUCCGCCGACUGCAGUAGCCCGGCAUCCGUCGGCGCCGCGGCCAGGACGAAAAUUUCCCGCGGUAGAUUACCACCGUGCGUAACACUCGCCCCGAUGGAGGCUUGAAUGGCACCUCGAGGCUGACCGCGACCACAGACAUCGACGUCGAGCGCCGUAACGUUUCAACGCCGAGGAAAGGAAAAAGAAAACAAAUAACAAAACCCGUCGAGGAUGUGACGUUUUUAGGGUAGGACUGAGAGAAAAUUCGAGCAGCUCGACGGAAAACGGCGGGUGUCGGUCGGGUUGGUUAACGAGAUCGCGAGACAAAUGUGCACGGUGGAUAGUGUGACAUAGUGCGGCGAAGUAGGCGACGAAGACCACGGGGCGGGAGGAGGAAAAGGGCCAGUGAGGAACGCGGGAAGAGGAGGAGGUGGGACAGGAUGCGGGGGCACAGGAAGAGGGCGCAGAGCCCCGACGAUUUCUCUUCUUCUUCAUAGGGGAUCGUUUCGUCUCAUCGACGUCCAACGUGACGACGGGCAGCAAGCACGCCGAGGACGACGACGACGAAGACGACGUCAACUGGGUGCAUCAUUGAAACGAGCACUGCCGUUUGUUCUCCGAGAUGGCGGACGAAAAGGAGAAGCAGACGUUCCUGCAGAAGCUGCUGUUCUACACGACCGCGUUCUUCAUCCUCCUCAGCACCUUCAGCCUCUUUGCCUUCCUCUUCUUGGUCCCCUUCGUCAUCGACCCCGCCUUCACCACCAUCUUCAUGCAGUUCGACACUCGGCCAGCCGAGUGUAUCACCAUCGACGUUGAGUCCAGGAGAGGUACGAGCAACUGUUCAUGGACGUCCUGUAGAGAGGGUUGCACCAAGGAGCUGUACGAUUGCACGCAAAUACGCGUCAAUUACAAGCUACCGGUUAACGCGUCCGAGGAUAUCGAUGGACAGGGCGAGGGAGGCGGGGCGGUAGGAGGUGUCGAGGAUGACGAAGACAGCACGACGAUGGGCAAACCGCGUUACGAGCGCUCCCUAAGGGAGUACGAUUACGACGAAGAUCUAGACGAGGACUUCGCCGAGGACGAUGAAACUGGACUGCCGAAACCCUUCCCUACAGGUCUCAUGGGCAACGACUCCGAGUGGUACUUCACCGGGGCGAAGCUGUUCCCCAACGUAAAAGGCUGUGGAUACCCUCCAAUGCUGAAUUGCAGUAUUUUCUACCGGCAGUACGCCAACAUAGGGCAGAACUUUAGCUGUUACUACUCGAAAGUGGACCCCGGGAUAGUCAUCAGCGACCUCGACAUGUGGCAGGUGUACAUGAAUCUGGUGUACGCGAUGGCGAUUCCGAUACCGUCUUUCAUAAUCUCGGUGAUAUACCUCACCAUCGCCUACUUCAAGAUCUACAACGAAGAGGAGGAGGUCCUCGUGGGCGGCGAGGAGGGCGAGGACGGCGGGGAGGGAGAAGGAAGUAACGCGACACCCUUACCACUGACGAGCGGAGCCCUUACGCCCGGUAGCGAGGCUUUCAGAGAAGACCUAGCGAAUCCAAGCUUCGGGCAUCAGCUGAAAGUCGCCAUGGUCGACGACGUCAGCAGAGAAAGCUUGGACGGGAUUCCCAACUCGUACUCCAUUCAGGGAAACUUGAGCAAGACGAUGACGACGAGUAUCUCAACUCCCCCUGGGCCGACGGCGGCAGUCUGAAGCGGCACUUUCAAGGUCUGAACAACAUCUCCUGGAAGCCGCACUAAGUGACCCAAAGAACGCGGGACAAGGCGGAGAGAGCGAGAGAUUCUACAGUAGCUUAUUAAAACGUUACCGACCGCGGACAGCCGAUAUCCUCUCACCGACUAACAAGGAUGAAACCGAUAACUGCUAAACACGAGAACUGGCUUCGGGUACGUUCACCCGAGUGAACCAGAGGGGUCGACGGGACGCGGGACGUUCCCCAGGACGGGAACCAGCGUCGUUUCCGCGUCCAAGUUCACUCGCGUCCUCUCCUCGAACGAACAGAGAAGUGAUCCAGAGUGUGUCGUUCAACGAGUAGUGUUUUUAGUAAGCCGCACGCUAUCGCAUAACUGUCCCCGUACGCGCUAAUUAUUAUCCAUAGAGACAAACGAUAUUUUGUGACAGACUUUUUUCUACUCGAUAACCGCCCGUGUCGCGACCGUCUCUGAGGGGUGGCCCCGAAGAGGACCACCCACCGAUCAAUCCGUCGAGGGCUCGUCCAUCCUGGGCCGAUCGUCCUCUGGCAUUAGCUAGGCGAUCGGCUCGAUUGGCGAGAAUCCAGCGAGGAAAAUAUUAUAUUUGGAUUCGUUGCCGAUACCGCGGCGCCCUCGGGGUCUCUCGUCGUCCUCCCCUGAAGGACACUUCCGAAACGUCCGAGUGGAAUUUCAGAAUAGAUUCGAGGCUACUCGACGUCUCGAGAUAAGUCGACUGGAGACAGCAUUGGAAGCGUUCUCCUACUGGAAUCACCGAUGGUGCUUGGGCUUGUUGAGUCGGGUUGCCACGGGACAUUUAUAACGAGAGUUGGAUUUGGAGCAGACCAGGCUGAGCAUUGGAUGAUCCGAGGAUUAAUCGAUGGUGGACAUCCCGCCGAGGAGACUUGGAUUCAUAACAAUGGUCGACCUUGGUUGAUGCAUGGAGGAAAGAAUUGAACAUUUUUCUUCUGAAUUGUCAAGAUUGAUUAAAGAAUUGAGUGUAAGGAAUAUUUAUAAUGAAAGAUCGAAAAGAUUGGAGUAGUCGAGGCUGAGCAUUGGGUGAUCCAAAGAGGUUUAAUCACUGAAUCCAUCCAAUAGAUGAAAGAAAUGAAAAAAGUUAGCGAGUUGGAACUUAGAUUUCUAAAUAGUCGAGUCGCUUGGGUCAUACAUGAAGCAAAGUUACGUGUUUUAAACUACCAACACAGAUACUUGGCUGUUGAAUUGAUGUCUUGGAGCCAUUUACCAGUGGUUUUCGAACAAACUGAACCAAUUCUGAUCAUUGGUUGCUUUAAGAAGGAUCAAUUCUGACUUAACCAUUGGAGAUUUGAAUCUGUAAAUGAUCAAUACUCGAAUGUAUCGGUCGUCACGGCAAAGGAUUUCUUUCUGAAUGAACAAUGCUCCUUGGGUGUUAAAUGAAAACUCCAAAGAAGGUGUAUAACAAACUUCGGAAAUGUAAACAGAACCACUCAACUCUGAUCAUCCCAAUAAAUCAUCGCUGCACCCAUUCAACAGAUGAACAAAAUGGAGAACCUGUCUAAUUGACACUGAAUUCCUCUUGGUCAUCCUAUAAACCAAAAUAAACAGAUUUCCACCCGAACGAUCAAUGGCUAUCAAAUCAAGUCCCCAAAGAAAGCGUAUAACGAAAUUCUGAAACAGAAGCACCCAUUCAACAAAUGAACCUUCGAAUUGAAACUUGAACCAACCUAGAAGAUCAAUGCCCUCCGGAGGAGCCACCAGCAAUCGAGAUAUUCCGAAGAGUCCCUCUGUGGCGCCGAGUCCAGGUUACUGUCAAGCACAGCGUUUCCUCCGUGCGUAUUUCUGCAACGACUCUCACCUAAACUCUGCCACGCGAAACUCGAGACAGGAGUUCGAGUUGUCUCGCACCUGUGCGUCGAGAGGAAUGCACACACGUACCAGCCACUUUUCGCUGUCUUGCUCCUCCCCGUCGCGAUAGACGUCGCGCGAACGCAUUCCUGCCGAUUCCGUGAGCACGUACACACGCACACACACAGACACACGCGCGCGCCUUGGGAAACACCGAUUCUUUCAACGACGACGCGUAACAGACUCUGGUUCACUCGUCGAAGCCGAAGAACGAAGAGAAGUCGAGGAUCGAGGAGAAUGUCGAGUAUCGAAGAGGAAGGAGAACUCGCGGACGCAAAACGGUCGCGUAACCCGCGUGGACUAAAUAGCUUGAACGAGUAAAUACGCUAAUUUAAGAGUACCGUUACCAAUUAACAAGUAUUAAUAAGUUAAUCCGCUUGCUGUGUGAUCAUGACGCAUCCGAGAUACGCCACUCUCCACGUGCAUCGUAGACGAGUCGAACACUGCAUCAAAAAACACCGAGACACACGUUUCCACACGACACACUAUUGCCGCGACACACACACACACACACACACACACACACACACACACACA